AUGCUAACCACGCCGCUGAUGCCCUCCUAUGUGGCGAUGGAUUUUUGUAGUAAAAAACCUGCAGAUCCUCAUAUGCUCCCCGCGAAGCCCGAUUCUAGACUCCAAUUUCCGAGUAUGUAUAUCAGAAAUAACAUCUUGUCCUUUCAUCCGGAUACAGUUACAUUGAUGAACGCGACAGUCCGGUCUUCAGCUUUUGACAACCCUGACUACCGACGUUUCUCAGGUUACGGGUCAUCUUCAACAAGAAUGGCAAAGCUCGAUUUCAAAGCAUCAAUGCUACCCGCGACAAUCUGGCCUCUUUCCUUCAAUUCAUAG